GGCGGCCCUGGAGCGGGAGGGAAGGGGCAGGCAUCACAGCAGCUCGUAGACUAACUGCCUCGCCGCAUUUCCACGUGGGAGGAAACACGGCGCGCGGUGGAGAGAGCCUGCAGCCCCAGAGCUCCGUGGUGGUCAGGGUCUGCAGCCUGGGAGAAGCCCGGAUGUGUGGCCUCCCAGGUGACUACUGCGCCUUGCCGAUUCCAAUACUUCCUCCCCGUUUUGGGGUCCCUGCUGGUGCUCGACAGGGUGAGUCAGGAGACUCUUGCCACCUCAAUCCCUUCUUUAUUAUGUCCUCCUCAUGGCCACCUUCCUGCCACUGCCCAGGUCCCCCCGGUUUCUGGAGCCCCCUGUGAGUGGGCAGGUUCUGCACACUCCUGUGCCCGGACACCUGCUGUGCCAGCCCAGGGCUCCUCUCUCCCAACCCCACAACAUCUGUUCCGAUGCCGCUGCUCCUCUCUCAUCUUAGCCUCCCCAGUUCACAGUUGGUCCCAUGCAUUCUGGGGAAGCCCAGGCCAAAGGGGACAAGGGUGCACCCUGAGCUUCACACACGGAGCCAGUGUGAAAGCACCACUGAAGAAAGAUGUAAGAGGACCCAGCGACGGAACUCAGAGCCCAGGCAGCCCUUGGGUCCCUCACCCACUGCAGCUUGGUCUGUGGGAGCCCCUCGGCGGCUCUUGGGAGGAAUUCACAGCUUCCACGUCCAGUGGUCCCUGCGCCCUGUGUGCAUCCUGAGCCACAGCUAAUGCGUAGUUUGGCUGCCCUCCACACAGGCAUUCUGGGGACACGGGCUCUGCCAGCCUGGGGGCAGAGCUGGGACCUGCACGGCUUCCAGCCUUGGGUGACUUAGUCAAGGUGAGGACUUCUCUGCUGUCGGGACAGGGGGCUCCAGGCCAGGGAUGCAAUCUCCCCGACGCUUAGGCAAAGACACAGGACUGAAGAGGGCAUGGAUGCGGCUGCAGCUCCAAAGCGAGCCUGGCCCCCCUGGCCUCGCCUCCUCUUCCUGCUCCUCCUGCCUGUGGGGAGCUGGGGCAGCUGUCCUGCCCCGUGCGACUGUGCCUCCCAACCCCGGGCAGUGCUCUGUGGCCACAGGCGACUGGAGGCCGUCCCGGGGGGCCUCCCACUGGACACUGAGCUCCUGGACCUGAGUGGGAACCGCCUGUGGGGGCUUCAGCGGGGCAUGCUCUCCCGCCUGGGCCUGCUCCGGGAACUGGACCUCAGCUACAACCAGCUCUCCACCCUGGAACCUGGGGCCUUCGAGGGCCUACAAAGUCUGCUCACCCUGAGGCUGCAGGGCAAUCGUCUGCGAAUCGUGGGGCCGGGGGUCUUCUUAGGCCUGUCUGCCCUCACACUGCUGGACCUCCGCCUCAACCAGAUCGUCCUCUUCCUAGAUGGGGCUUUUGCGGAGCUGGGCAGCCUGCAGCAGCUGGAAGUUGGGGACAAUCACCUGGUGUUCGUGGCUCCGGGGGCCUUUGCAGGGCUGACCAAGCUGAGCGCCCUCACCCUGGAGCGCUGUAACCUCAGCACGGUGCCCGGCCUAGCCCUUGCCCGUCUCCCGUCCCUGCUGGACCUAAGGCUUCGAGAACUGGAUAUCGAGAGGCUGCCGGCGGGGGCCCUCCGGGGGCUGGGGCAGCUAAAGGAGCUGGAGAUCCACCACUGGCCAUCUCUGGAGGCUCUGGACCCUGGCAGCCUGGCCGGGCUCAACCUCAGCAGCCUGGCCAUCACCCACUGCAACCUGAGCUCAGUGCCCUUCCAGGCACUGUACCACCUGACCUUCCUCAGGGUCCUGGACCUGUCUCAGAACCCCAUCUCGGCCAUCCCAGCUCGAAGGCUCAGCCCCCUGGUGCGGCUCCAGGAGCUCCGGCUGUCAGGAGCCUGCCUCACCUCCAUCGCCGCCCACGCCUUCCAUGGCUUAACCGCUUUCCACCUCCUGGAUGUUGCAAACAACGCCCUCCAGACGCUCGAAGAAGCGGCCUUCCCUUCCCCCGACAAGCUGGUCACCCUGAGACUGUCCGGCAACCCCCUGACCUGUGACUGCCGCCUGCUCUGGCUGCUCCGGCUGCGCCGCCGCCUGGACUUCGGCACAUCACCCCCUGCCUGUGCGGGCCCCCGGCAUGUCCAGGGGAAGAGUCUGAGGGACUUUUCCGACAUCCUGCCUCCAGGGCACUUCACCUGCCAACCAGCCCUGAUCCGGAAGUCUGGGCCCCGGUGGGUCAUUGCCGAGGAGGGGGGCCACGCUAUGUUCUCCUGCUCUGGGGAUGGUGACCCCGCCCCCACGGUCUCCUGGAUGCGGCCUCAGGGGACUUGGCUGGGAAGGGGCGGGAGAGUCCGGGUGCUAGAGGACGGGACGCUGGAGAUCCGUUCAGUGCGGCUGCGGGACCGAGGGGCCUAUGUCUGUGUGGUCAGCAACGUGGCUGGGAAUGACUCCCUGAGGACCUGGCUGGAGGUGAUCCAGGUGGAGCCCCCGAACGGCACUCUCUCCGACCCCAACAUCACCAUGCCAGGGGUCCCUCGGCCUUUCUUCCUGGAUGGCAGAGGCGUGGCCAUGGUGCUGGCCGUCGGCUUCCUCCCCUUCCUCACCUCCGUGACCCUCUGCUUUGGCCUCAUUGCCCUCUGGAGCAAGGGCAAGGGCCGCGUCAAACAUCACAUGACCUUUGAGUUUGUGGCGCCCCGGCCCUCUGGGGAUAAGAACUCUGGGGGCAAUCGAGUCACUGCCAAGCUCUUCUGACCUUUCCUUCCUCCCGAGCGACCCAGCCACGUCUGCUUCAGCUGCCAGAGGAAAGGGGGAAGGAAGCCCACUUGAACCUGAACCUAGUCCCGAGUGGCACAGACCUCCACCUCGUCCUGCCUGCCCUGCGCCAGCGGCUGGUGCUGCCUUGUGAGAGGGGCUCUGUGCCCUGCCUUUUCCAGUCUCAGGACAGCGGCAGCUCCUCUAGGGUCCCAGGAGCUGCAGAUCCAGAGUCUGCGGUCAAACCAGCCCUCCCUCUGAUAUCCCCACCCCCAUCCACCCCUACAUGGGAAGCAUAAUCAAGGCACCAGUCUGCUGGUCUAACCAUUGAGCUCUCCUCACUCACACUUAGAUCCUCUAAUAAGCAAUACGAGCUUUGCCAGGCACAGCUGCGUUUACUUUGGAGGGGGCUGGGGGUUCCAUCUGGAGUCUCUGCUCCUCCACCAGGCAUCCACCCUUCUUUUCUGCUCCCUGCGCCCAGGCCUGCUCCAGGCCCCUGCUGCAAGGAGCUAGAGUCAGGGCCCCUGAGGUUUAGGAGACAAGGGUGCGGGGCGUGGGGUGUGGGAGGAUACUUAGUGCUGUCUCUGCAUGAGCCUAUGUCACCUUCCUCUGGCUGCCAAAUGGCCGCAGCAGUAGCAGCCAAAACUAAACACGAGCUCUGGAAUUUUCUUGACUUCAGGCUAUUUCUUCCCUCUCCUACCCUCUACCACUGCCCACUGAUCCUGUACCCCCAUGGCCUUGCCCCUAGGGAACCCAGCCUGACAAACAGGGGAAGGAGGCCCCUGGGCGGGUCAGCACGCUCAGGUGUCUCCCACCUGCUCUCCUCUCUGGCGCUGGCACUGCCAGACAGGAUCCUCCCCACGCAGGGGAUUCCCAGGCAAAAUUUCCAACCUAGGAUACCCAGCUCCCCGCUCCGGGAUCUCCCUGCCAGUCCUGGGUCACAGACCCCUAGUGCCCUUGGGGGAAAACCAGGAGGGAACACCAAGAAAGUGACUAAGAAAAGUGAGACUCGGCUGCUGUCCAAGGAGAGAGACCCAGGACAGCAGCGAGGAGGAUGCAGCAGGGACAGCCUCCUGCUGCUCUCCCCACCCCCGCCCUGCGUUCAGCACAGCCCCUCCAUCUGGAAGCUGUGUGGGGACCCCAGGCUAGGAAGCAGAGCAAGGCGUGGACCUGCAGACUCCCCACCCCAGGUGGGGGGGGGCUGUGCUUCAAAAAGAGGGCAAACAGGGGGUGCUGGGAACCAGAGAGACAGGCCACAGGCUCAGCCUCCUCAGCAGGGGAGGAGCCACAGAGAAGGGAGAAUCACGCGGCCCCGGGGAGCCUUUCUCUCCGCAGCAGCAUCUGCCCUGUGUCCUCAGUUCCCCUCCACCCUCUGCAGCCCCCACCCACCCCGAUGCCAAACCGCUGGCACACACGCCGCCGAGCCUCCUGGCUGAUUCCCGCUGCUGCUGUCCUUGCUCUGGGCGGACUGCACUCAUUAGAAGACUUCCAGCUCAGCCUGCCCCUGACAGGCAAGAAGGAGCUGGUGCCAUUGAGGCAGCACCGCCCGGCUUCCUGGGCAGACAAGCUCUAAACAGGAGCCAGGGCCAGAGGUGAAUCUGAGAACCCCAAAGUCUGGAGAGUGAGAAUGGAGAAACCCGCGUUCCCGACAGGCCUGUGUCCCUGAGUUUCCAACCUCCCCCACCCCCAGCACCCCUGCAACCUUCCCCUCUACAGUUUAUAAUGUUCCAGAAAGUUUUCCCAGGGCACAGCCCUCCUCUCCUCCCCAUCGUCUGCACUAGCAUAUCUGGUUGGGACUUGGGUCCCGAAUGUUCUUACUCGCUGCUCUCUCUGCACUGCAGAUAAGGGCAGAGGCAGCCAGAGCCUCUCAGUGUCCACAGCAGUGCUGCCCAAUAGAGACAGGAUUCAAGAAACAUCGGCAAUUCACAUUUCCUAGGAGCCACACUUGAGGAAUGGAAACGAGGGGCUGGCAUUUGACCUAGUGGCUGGGAUGCAGCUUGGGACUCCUGGAUCCCAUUUUGGAGUUCCUGGGAUCAAUACCAGGCCUCUGUAUCCCCGGGAAGGCAGCAGAUGAUGGCUCAAGUGCUUGGCUCGCAGCCACCCAUGUGGGAGACUCUGAUGAUAUUCUGGGCUCCUAACUUCAGCCUCACCCAGCCCCAGCUGUUCUGGGCAUUUGGAGGGUGAACCAGCAAAUGGAAGAUCUCUCUGUCUCUCCUUCUUUCCCUGUCUGCCUUUCCAAUAAAAAAGAAAAAAAUUGUUAAAAAUCAAAAUGAAAUGGAUACAAUUAAUUUUACUCCUAUAUUCUAUUUAAUCCAACACACUCAAACUAUUACCAUUUGAAUAAGUUACCAAAUAUAUAAAAAUUAGU